AUGGGUGCUGGUAUGGUGGAUGUCGUGGGUGCUGGUAUGGCGGAUGUCGUGGGUGCUGGUAUGGUGAAUGUCGUGGGGGCUGGUAUGGUGGAUGUCGUGUGUGCUGGUAUGAUGAUUGUCGUGGGUGCUGGUAUGGCGGAUGUCGUGGGUGCUGGUAUGGUGGAUGUCGUGGGUGCUGGUAUGGUGGAUGUCGUGGGUGCUGGUAUGGUGAAUGUCGUGGGGGCUGGUAUGGUGGAUGUCGUGGGUGCUGGUAUGGUGAAUGUCGUGGGGGCUGGUAUGGUGGAUGUCGUGGGUGCUGGUCUUGUGGAUGUUGUGGGUGCUGGUAUGGUGGAUGUCGUGGAUGCAGGUAUGGUGGAUGUCGUGGGUGCUGGUCUUAGGAAUGUCGUGGAUGCUGGUAUGGUGGAUGUCGUGGGUGCUGGUAUGGUGGAUGUCGUGGGUGCUGGUAUGGUGGAUGUCGUGGAUGCUGGUAUGGUGGAUGUCGUGGGUGCUGGUAUGGCGGAUGUCGUGGGUGCUGGUAUGGUGAAUGUCGUGGGGGCUGGUAUGGUGGAUGUCGUGUGUGCUGGUAUGAUGAUUGUCGUGGGUGCUGGUAUGGCGGAUGUCGUGGGUGCUGGUAUGGUGGAUGUCGUGGGGGCUGGUAUGGUGGAUGUCGUGGGUGCUGGUAUGGUGAAUGUCGUGGGGGCUGGUAUGGUGGAUGUCGUGGGUGCUGGUCUUGUGGAUGUUGUGGGUGCUGGUAUGGUGGAUGUCGUGGAUGCAGGUAUGGUGGAUGUCGUGGGUGCUGGUCUUAGGAAUGUCGUGGAUGCUGGUAUGGUGGAUGUCGUGGGUGCUGGUAUGGUGGAUGUCGUGGGUGCUGGUAUGGUGGAUGUCGUGGAUGCUGGUAUGGUGGAUGUCGUGGGUGCUGGUAUGGUGGAUGUCGUGGAUGCUGGUAUGGUGGAUGUCGUGGGUGCUGGUAUGGUGGAUGUCGUGGGUGCUGGUAUGGUGAAUGUCGUGGGUGCUGGUCUUGUGGAUGUUGUGGGUGCGGGUAUGGUGGAUGUAGUGGGUGCGGGUAUGGUGGAUGUCGUGGAUGCUGGUAUGGCGGAUGUCGUGGGUGCGGGUAUGGUGGAUGUCGUGGGUGCUGGUAUGGUGGAUGUCGUGGGGGCUGGUAUGGUGGAUGUCGUGGGUGCUGGUAUGGUGGAUGUCGUGGGUGCUGGUAUGGCGGAUGUCGUGGGUGCUGGUCUUAGGAAUGUCGUGGGUGCUGGUAUGGCGGAUGUCGUGGGUGCUGGUAUGGUGGAUGUCGUGGGUGCUGGUAUGGUGGAUGUCGUGGAUGCUGGUAUGGUGGAUGUCGUGGGUGCGGGUAUGGUGGAUGUAGUGGGUGCGGGUAUGGUGGAUGUCGUGGAUGCUGGUAUGGCGGAUGUCGUGGGUGCGGGUAUGGUGGAUGUCGUGGGUGCUGGUAUGGUGGAUGUAGUGGGUGCGGGUAUGGUGGAUGUCGUGGAUGCUGGUAUGGCGGAUGUCGUGGGUGCGGGUAUGGUGGAUGUCGUGGGUGCUGGUCUGGUGGAUGUCGUGGGUGCUGGUAUGGUGGAUGUAGUGGGUGCGGGUAUGGUGGAUGUCGUGGGUGCUGGUAUGGUGGAUGUAGUGGGUGCGGGUAUGGUGGAUGUCGUGGAUGCUGGUAUGGCGGAUGUCGUGGGUGCGGGUAUGGUGGAUGUCGUGGGUGCUGGUAUGGUGGAUGUCGUGGAUGCUGGUAUGGUGGAUGUCGUGGGUGCUGGUAUGGUGAAUGUCGUGGGUGCUGGUCUUGUGGAUGUUGUGGGUGCGGGUAUGGUGGAUGUAGUGGGUGCGGGUAUGGUGGAUGUAGUGGGUGCGGGUAUGGUGGAUGUCGUGGAUGCUGGUAUGGCGGAUGUCGUGGGUGCGGGUAUGGUGGAUGUCGUGGGUGCUGGUAUGGUGGAUGUAGUGGGUGCGGGUAUGGUGGAUGUCGUGGAUGCUGGUAUGGCGGAUGUCGUGGGUGCGGGUAUGGUGGAUGUCGUGGGUGCUGGUCUGGUGGAUGUCGUGGGUGCUGGUAUGGUGGAUGUAGUGGGUGCGGGUAUGGUGGAUGUCGUGGGUGCUGGUAUGGUGGAUGUAGUGGGUGCGGGUAUGGUGGAUGUCGUGGAUGCUGGUAUGGCGGAUGUCGUGGGUGCGGGUAUGGUGGAUGUCGUGGGUGCUGGUAUGGUGGAUGUAGUGGGUGCGGGUAUGGUGGAUGUCGUGGAUGCUGGUAUGGCGGAUGUCGUGGGUGCGGGUAUGGUGGAUGUCGUGGAUGCUGGUAUGGCGGAUGUCGUGGGUGCUGGUAUGGUGGAUGUCGUGGGUGCUGGUAUGGCGGAUGUCGUGGGUGCUGGUAUGGCGGAUGUCGUGGGUGCGGGUAUGGUGGGUGUCGUGGAUGCUGGUAUGGCGGAUGUCGUGGGUGCUGGUAUGGUGGAUGUCGUGGGUGCUGGUAUGGCGGAUGUCGUGGGUGCUGGUAUGGUGGAUGUCGUGGAUGCUGGUAUGGCGGAUGUCGUGGGUGCUGGUAUGGUGGAUGUCGUGGGUGCUGGUAUGGCGGAUGUCGUUGGUGCUGGUAUGGUGGAUGUCGUGGGUGCUGGUAUGGCGGAUGUCGUGGGUGCUGGUAUGGUGGAUGUCGUGGAUGCUGGUAUGGCGGAUGUCGUGGGUGCGGGUAUGGUGGAUGUAGUGGGUGCGGGUAUGGUGGAUGUCGUGGAUGCUGGUAUGGCGGAUGUCGUGGGUGCGGGUAUGGUGGAUGUCGUGGAUGCUGGUAUGGCGGAUGUCGUGGGUGCUGGUAUGGCGGAUGUCGUGGAUGCUGGUAUGGUGGAUGUCGUGGAUGCUGGUAUGGCGGAUGUCGUUGGUGCUGGUAUGGUGGAUGUAGUGGGUGCUGGUAUGGUGGAUGUAGUGGGUGCUGGUAUGGUGGAUGUCGUGGAUGCUGGUAUGGCGGAUGUCGUUGGUGCUGGUAUGGUGGAUGUAGUGGGUGCUGGUAUGGUGGAUGUCGUGGAUGCUGGUAUGGUGGAUGUCGUGGAUGCUGGUCUUAGGAAUGUCGUGGGUGCUGGUAUGGUGGAUGUCGUGGAUGCUGGUCUGGUGGAUGCCGUGGGUGCUGGAUUUAUUCAGUGUACGUAUAGUGAGAUGUACGUGUCUACUGGCAAGUGA